AUGCUUAUCGACGGUCACAAGUGGGCGUGUGAAGCUUGCAUACGGGGCCACCGUGUGACCAGCUGCAAACAUCAUGAUCGACCGUUGAUUCGCAUCAAGCGCAAGGGUCGCCCCUUCGCAACCUGCUCGAUAUGCAAUUCCACCCCCUGUGAGGCCCCGACAGACCACGCGCGGCUCAAGCGCGAGGCGGAGCUCAAAACUCCAUCUUCAUCUUCAAAAAAAGCAACGCACAACAGACUCUAUCCCCGUCAUCACAACCCGACCGGCUUUCUCCCCAUCGCGCCUCGACCCUCGGGCAGCAGCAAAGAUGCGCACGGCUCCUCCGCGCGCGUCUCGCGCUCCGGGUCGACCUCUGCGGCAUCCGCGUCGUCGUCCCAUACCCCCGUCCGCGGCUCGCAUUCCUCGUCGCGCCGCGAGAAGGUCCAUGGCAGUGUGGGAGACGGGUCGGGCUCCGAGGGCUCGGGCAAUGAAUCCGGCGGCAGCCGUGCUCACCCUUCGGCCUCUUCGUCGACUGCCGGCCGCUCUGUUUCCGCCGAUGGGAUCCGGACUGGGUCCGGCCACACCGUGGCAUGCUCGGCAUUAGAGACCCUGGCGCUGGACGCGGCAAUCGGCGGAGAGAUGUUUGACCCCCGGUAUACGCUCGUUCCCGCCGUGUCUGGAGCCGGGUUGGUGCAGGCCGUGCCGCUGAUCAGUCCGCUGGCGCCGGAGGGUGCUACUCCGUUUGAUUUCCCAUUGGAUCCUGCGCUGACACUGGACGAGGAGGCACUGGGGUACCUGGGGGAGAUGGAUGUGGAGGUGGAUUUCACGGAAGGCGUGACGGGUGAGGUUUUCCAUGUGGAAGAUUGGUCGCGGUAUAUGUGGUCCCCGGAGACGGGGUUUGAGCAUUUAGAUACAGGCUAUCCCCCGUCGCGAUAA